UUUACCUAAUUUUAAACUUUCUUUGGAGAAAACAUCAGUCUUAUUUGAGAGGUAGCCUUUAACCUCGUUGAGGUCCCCAAAUGAAGGUUGAGGGUUUAGCUGAAGGCAGGGCUGGGGGUAACCCCUGCCCUGGUCCUGCCAGCCAGUGCUGUAUCUCGCGACUACUAAGCGUGGUGGAGAGCGAGUUGCAAGCGGGGCGCGAGAAGGGGGACCCCACGGAGAAGCAGCUGAAGGUGACGCUCGAGGAAGCGGAACUGUGGCGGAAGUUUAAGGAAGUCACCAAUGAGAUGAUAGUCACCAAGAGCGGCAGGAGAAUGUUUCCGGUGCUGAAAGUGAGUGUAUCGGGUCUGGACCCCAACGCCAUGUACUCCUUCCUGCUGGACUUCCAGCCAGCUGACAGCCACCGCUGGAAGUACGUUAACGGGGAGUGGGUUACAGCCGGUAAACCGGAGCCUGCCGGUAAUGGUUGUGUGUACAUCCAUCCCGACUCACCCAACUUCGGAGCCCACUGGAUGAAGGCACCUGUCUCCUUCAGCAAGGUCAAACUCACCAACAAGCUCAACGGAGGUGGACAGAUCAUGUUGAACUCUCUCCAUAAGUAUGAACCUCAGCUCCACAUUGUGAGAGUGGGCGGAAGCCACCGAAUGGUUACUAACGUCUCUUUCAGCGACACACAGUUCAUCGCUGUCACUGCCUACCAGAAUGAAGAGAUCACCGCUCUGAAGAUCAAAUACAACCCGUUCGCUAAGGCUUUCCUGGAUGCCAAAGAGAGGAACCACCCGAACAGUCCAUUGGAGUCCUCAUUUGAUAGCCAUAUGGGAAUUCAACACUGUGGCUGGUUUCUGUCUAACCCAGACUCGCUGUGUUCAGGUGGGGGUCCUAGCUUCCCCUAUAGCGGGGGACUGCCUCUCGCCCCCCCUCAUGGGUACAAGCACUACCCCCCCAGGCCUGCUCCCUACCCCCCCUCCUACCUGCCGCACCGCACGCACCCUUCUGUCUCUCUGUCUGAGGGGCUACAGGUGUUGUCUGGGGGUCCUGAUGGCUGGUCCAGUGUCUCCUCCCCCGGCCCCUCCUCCUCAGCCCUACCCGUGACCACACCCUCCUCACCCCCGUCCACCAAUAGCAGCAGUCAGUACCCUUGUUUGUGGACGGUCGGGCGUACAGACGGGAGUCCUGCCUCUUCUCCCUGCGCCCAGCUUCACGGACCAAUCAACAGCGAGAGCCACCCACAGCCACCCAAUCACGUCCGGCUGGGCGGGCCCGGUUGGCCACCUGUCUCCAGCCAUUCCUUCUAACAAACUAUGUGAUUGGUCGAUGCCCACAUGGGCAUGAUCAGUACUGCCCUGGGACCCGGC